GAUGCUUGACCGGCUGAGCCACCCCAGGCGCCCCAAGAGUAUUCCUAAAGGAGACGGGGUUCCCAUGCUGCCGCACCACAGGACACAUGGGAAGCCAGAGUCAUUGCAUGCCUGGGUCCGUGGUGGAAUUAGAUAAUACACAGCGCGUACCUAGCGCGACGAUGCGCUCCCGGAAGCAUAGUUAUGUACCCAGGGUCACCGCCCGCUAUGUGAACUGCCGAGAGGAGGCGCUGCACAGGGGAGCUCGGGGUCUUUACCGGUUCCAGUCAUCGCUGGAUCUGGGCUGUGUACCUACCAAACUGGGGUCUUUGCAGAUUCCCAUCAGGGCUGGAGUUACACGGGGCUAUUUGAUUGCUGCACCCUCUGUCUUCCGCUCGGGAGUGGAGGAAGUCAUCAGUGUGACCAUCUUUAACUCCCCGAGGGAUGUCAUGGUCCAGGCUCAGCUGGUGGCCCAGGGCGAGGCGGUGGCACGGAGCCAGGGAGCCAUCCUGGAUAAAGGAACAAUCAAACUCAAGGUGCCCACGGGCCUCCAGGGCCAGGCCCUCCUGCAGGUGUGGGGUCGCGGCCGGCGGGCAGAGGAGGGCCCCCUCUUCCACAACCAGACCUCCGUGACUGUGGACGGCCGGGGCGUCUCCGUGUUCAUCCAGACGGACAAGCCGGUGUACAAGCCCCAGCACCGAGUGCUUAUAAGCAUCUUCACUGUCACCCCAAACCUGAGGCCUGUCAGCAGGAAGCUGGAAGCCUACAUUCUGGACCCCAGGGGCUCGAGGAUGAUGGAGUGGAGACACUUGGAGCCACUCUGCUGCGGCGUCGCCAACAUGACCUUCCCCCUGUCCGACCAGCCGGUGCUGGGAGAAUGGUUCAUUUUUGUCGAAAUGCAAGGCCACGUGUACAACAAGUCCUUCGAAGUUCAGAAGUAUGUGUUGCCGAAAUUUGAGCUCCUUAUUGACCCGCCCCACUAUAUCCGGGACCUGGACACAUGCGAGAAGGGCACCGUGAGGGCCAGGUAUACCUUUGGGAAACCUGUCUCGGGGACCUUGACGAUCAAUAUGACUGUAAAUGGCGUGGGGUACUACAGCCAGGAGGUGGGGCGCCCCGUCCUCAGAACCACGAAGAUCCACGGCUCCCAGGACUUCGACAUCUGCGUGAAGGACAUGAUCCCAGCCGAUGUCCCCGAGCACUUCCGGGGCACCGUCAGCAUCUGGGCCACGGUGGUCAGUGUGGACGGGAGCCAGCAGGUGGCCUUUGAUGAUUCCACUCCUGUCCAGAGGCAGCUGGUGGACGUCCGCUACUCCAAAGACACCAGGAAGCAGUUCAAGCCUGGCCUGUCCUACGUGGGGAAGGUGGAGCUGUCCUACCCAGACGGCAGCCCGGCCGAGGGGGUGACGGUCCAGAUCAGGGCAGAGCUGACCUCGAAGGACAACAUCUACACCACUGAAUCUGUGUCCCGGGGAGGGCUGGUGGGGUUUGAAAUCCCCUUCAUCCCCAUGUCGGCCCAACACGUGUGGCUGGAGACCAAGGUGACGGCACUCAAUGGAAAGCCCGUGGGGGCCCAGUACCUGCCCAGCUACCUCUCUCUCAGCAGCUGGUACUCCCCCAGCCAGUGCCACCUGCAGCUGCAGCCCCCCGCCCGCCCCCUGCAGGUCGGAGAGGACGCGCUUUUCCCGGUGAAGUCUACGUGCCCUUGCAGCUUCACUCUGUACUACGAGGUGGCCGCGCGGGGCAACAUCGUGCUCUCGGGCCGGCAGCCCGCCCACCUCACCCAGCGGAGAAGCCGGCGGGCGGCCCCGGAGAAACCGAUUCGCUUAAUGCACCUUCUUGAGACGGAGCCCCCUCCAGCCCCAGCAGCUGAGGUCAACGUGUGUGUGACUUCUCUCCGGCUGGCCGUGACCCCCAGCAUGGCCCCCCUUGGCCGCCUGCUGGUCUUCUACGUCAGGGAGAACGGAGAAGGCGUCGCCGACAGCCUCCAGUUUGCUGUGGAGAGCUUCUUUGAGAACCAGGUUUCAGUGACGUACUCAGCAAAUGAGACCCAGCCUGGGGAGGUUGUUGACCUGCGGGUCAGGGCUGCGAGGGGCAGCUGUGUGUGUGUCACUGCGGUGGAUAAGAGCGUCUACCUGCUCAGGUCUGGGUUUCAGCUGACUCCGGCCCAGGUUUUCCGGGAAUUGGAAGAGUAUGAUGUUUCUGAUGCCUUCGGGGUGUCCCGGGAGGAUGGGUCCUUCUGGUGGGCUGGACUGGCAGCCCGACGCAGGCGUUCGUCCAUCUUCCCGUGGCCCUGGGGCGUCACCAAGGACUCCGGAUCUGCCUUCGCCGAAACGGGACUGGUGGUGAUGACCGAUCUGGUGAGCCUGAACCACCGACAAGAUGGCGGCCUAUACACCGAUGAGGCUGUCCCUGCCUUCCAGCCCCACACGGGGAGCCUGGCGGCAGCAGGGUCCUCCAGACAACCCCCCAGAGCAGAGAAGAGGAAAAGGACCUUCUUCCCCGAAACAUGGAUUUGGCAUUGUCUCAACAUCAGCGACCCGUCCGGCGAGGAGAUGCUCAGCGUGCGGGUCCCGGACUCCAUCACCAGCUGGGUGGGUGAGGCCGUGGGUCUGUCCGAGGCCUGGGGCCUGGGUGUCGCCGUGCCUGCCCUGCUGAAGACCUUCAAGCCUUUCUUUGUGGACUUCACCCUGCCCGCCUACGUGGUCCGCGGGGAGCAAGCCAAGAUCCCGCUCAGCGUCUACAACUACAUGGGCACCUGUGCCGAGGUCUACGUGAAGAUCUCAGUUCCCAAGGGCAUCCGCUUUGUGGGGCAUCCAGGCAGACGCCAUCUGACCAAGAAGAUGUGCGUGGCCUCUGGGGAGACGGAACCCACCUGGGUGGUUCUGUCCUUUGGUGACCUGGGACUCAGCAAUGUCACAGCCAAAGCCCUGGCUUACGGAGACACAAGCUGCUGCCGGGACGGGAAGUCCAUCCGACACCUGGAGGACCACUUCGCUGACAGGAGGGGCCCCACUGGGAGGGAUCACAUCAGGCGCAGUGUCAUGGUUGAGCCGGAAGGAGCCCCCCGCAGCUACACCUACGGUGCUUUCUUCUGUCCCAACGAGAGAGUCCACAUCUCCACGCCCAACAAGUACGAGUUCCAGUACGUGCAGCGGCCGCUGUGGCUCACCCGUUUUGAUGUGGCCGUGCGAGCCCACAACGAUGCCCGCGUGGCCUUGUCCGCCGGACCCCAGGACACAGCGGGCAUGAUAGAGAUUGUCCUGGGGGGGCACCAGAACACCAGGUCCUGGAUCUCCACCAGCAAGAUGGGCGACCCCGUGGCCAGCACGUACACGGCCAAGAUCCUGUCCUGGGAUGAAUUCAGAACGUUCUGGAUCAGCUGGCAUGGCGGGUUCAUCCAGGUUGGCCAUGGCCCAGAGCCUUCCAAUGAGUCUGUCAUCAUGGCCUGGACCCUCCCCAGGCCACCGGAGGUCCGAUUCAUCGGCUUCUCCACUGGCUGGGGCUCCAUGGGUGAGUUCCGCAUCUGGAAGAAGGUGGAGGUGGACGAGAGCUACAGUGAGGCCUUUACCCUGGGAGUCCCGCACAGCGCCAUCCCUGGGUCAGAGCGGGCAGCAGCCUCUGUCAUAGGAGACGUCAUGGGGCCGACCCUGAACCACCUCAGCAGCCUCCUGCGGCUGCCCUUCGGCUGUGGAGAGCAAAACAUGAUCCACUUUGCGCCCAACAUCUUUGUCCUCAAGUAUCUUCAGAAAACCCGGCAGCUCAGCCCGGAGGUGGAGCGGGAGACCACUGACUACCUGGUACAAGGUUACCAGCGGCAGCUGACCUACAGGCACCAGGACGGCUCCUACAGCGCCUUCGGGGAUCGGGACGCAUCGGGGAGCAUGUGGCUCACGGCCUUUGUCCUGAAGUCCUUUGCCCAGGCACGAAGCUUCAUCUUCAUCGACCCGCAGGAGCUGGCGGCUGCCAAGGGCUGGAUCAUCCAGCAGCAGCGGGGGGAUGGCUCCUUCCCGGCCGUGGGCAGGAUCCUGAACAAGGACAUCCAGGGUGGGAUCCACGGCACAGUCCCGUUGACGGCUUACGUGGUGGCUGCACUCCUGGAGACAGGCACUGCCUCGGAGGAGGAGAGGGGCGCCAUUGCCAGAGCGAGGCACUUCCUGGAGUCCAGUGUGCCCUUGGCCGCCGACCCCUACAGCAGUGCCCUGACCACCUACGCGCUGACCCUGCUCCGCAGCCCAGCAGCCCCCGCGGCGCUGCGAAAACUCCGCACCCUGGCCAUCACGCAGAAUGGGGUCACCCACUGGAGCCUGACGGGUUCCCGGGACGUGGACAAGGAUGCAUUCCUGAGCUUCAGCGAUGGGGUCUCUCAGUCAGUGGUCUCAGCCGAGGUGGAAAUGACGGCCUAUGCCCUGCUGACCUACACCCUCCUGGGUGAUGUGGCCACGGCCCUGCCCGUGGUGAAGUGGCUGUCCCAGCAGCGGAACGCGCUCGGGGGCUUCUCCUCUACUCAGGACACUUGUGUGGCUCUUCAGGCCUUGGCAGACUAUGCCAUCUUGUCAUAUGCCGGCAGCGUCAACCUCACCGUCUCCCUGGCUUCCACCAACCUGGACUACCAGGAAACUUUCGAACUGCACGCGGCCAACCAGAAGCUUCUGCAGACCGCGGCGAUCCCCAGCCUCCCCACGGGGCUGUUCGUGAGCGCCAAGGGCGAAGGCUGCUGCCUGAUGCAGAUUGAUGUCACCUACAAUGUGCCAGACCCGGUGGCCAAACCAGCCUUCCAGCUGCUCGUGAGCCUCCGGGAGCCCGAGGCUGAGCAGCGGCGGACCCCCGCUCCCGCCUCCUCGGCCGAUGAUGACGACCCAGCAGCCGACCAGCAUCACCAGGAGUAUCAGGUGACCCUGGAGGUGUGCACCAGGUGGCUGCAUGCGGGGUCCUCCAAUAUGGCUGUCCUGGACGUGCCCUUGCUCUCAGGCUUCCGGGUGGACAUCGAGAGCCUAGAGCAGCUGCUCUCUGACAAGCAUUUCACGCUGAAGAGGUACGAGGUGGCUGGACGCAGAGUCUUCUUCUACUUCGAUGAGAUCCCCAGCCGGUGCCUGACCUGCGUGCGGUUCCGGGCGCUCCGUGAACAUGUAGUGGGCAGGACGUCCGCGCUGCCUGUCUCUGUGUACGACUACUACGAGCCUGCCUUUGAAGCCACGCGCUUCUACAAUGUCAGCGCGCGCAGUCCACUUGCCCAGGAGCUGUGCGCAGGGCCCGCGUGCAACGAGGUGGAGCGCGCCCCGGCUCAGGGCCCCGGCUGGUCCCCGGGCGAGCGGGGUCCUGCGGCUGCCCCAGAGGAGGGGGCGAAGAUUACGCGCUGUGGCUGCCCCCGCGACUGUACCGCCCGCGGGGACCCUGUCUGCGGCUCUGAUGGCAUCGUCUACACCAGCGCCUGCCACCUGCAGGAGGCCGCCUGCCUAGGCCGCGCGAGAUUGGAGCCCGCGCCCCCUGGCCACUGUGUCCUCGAGCAGCAGACACCAGCCUCUGCUUCAUACAGUUACGACUAUGACCCAGCCCCCCUGGACGCUGGGCGUGUGGCAGCUGCUCAUGGCCAUGAAGUGAUAGACUUGGAGGGGGAGGCGGAGGACAGAGAUAACACAGAGACCUCUCAGGUGCCCUUCACCCAGUCCCGCCUGCUGUGACAUCCAGCAGAUGAGUCUGAAGACAGUGUCAUACCAGGAGAUUGACGUCCAUACCUCCUGUGUUCAUAAGUCACCGCUUUGGUAAUUGAGCCUGUGCUAUUUCCCCGCACAUAGUCAGAGUGGCUUCUCUUCCUGACGCUCUGAGCAGGAGGACUUGAUCUGGCUGCGUGCUAUCACUGUCCGGUCGCUGGAAGGGGGCCACUGAUGGGAGAGCUCCCGUGACUCUCUGGUGGGCUGGCGGACCCCACCCCAGGUGACCCCAGCCUCCGAAUGAACCUGAUAAACAGAACACAGAGACCUGCCUCCAUGGAUGACGGGCCUCCCCCCCCCCCAGCCCUCCCUCAACCGGAGGGUCGGCCUUGAUCCCCCCCACCUCCUCAGCUGCACCUGGGGCUGGGCACCCCCCCCUCCUCAGGCCAGAGCAGCUCACGCUCCCCCAGAGGAGACGCUCCUCGGAAGGACCUGUGGCCAAAGGCCUGUGUCGGAGGAGACACGAUGACAUUUAGCCCAAAUCAGGGACACAAAAAACACCCAUCUCCUCAUCACCAACUUCGAAGUGAAACAGUCCGCCUUUCUCCGAAAUCGCAAAGCUGUGGCCCCCUUUGGGGCACCUGGGCCGCUGAGCCCCUGGACCUAGACCCCAAAUGGUCCCAUAACUGUUACAGUCCCCACACACACCCCCUGUCUCACCCCAGGGGUCCCUGAAUGUUCUGUCUUGACGGCCUGCCAGCCCCUGAGGGCAAGCCAAUGGCUCUGACCCAGGCACCUGCAGCUUCCUGCCUCCAGGGCUAGGUCGACUUCUCAUCUCGGGGCCUCACCACCGCCUACUCCCCCCACGCCCGGACUCCUGAUCAUGGGGACUGCCCUCUCCCAGCUCCACGACCAGACCUGCCUUCCCUGGGGGACCCUCCCAGCUGUCAUCAGAUUCCUCUUUGUAACCCGCAGGGGACGCCUUGUCUCUGUUUCCUCCUGCGCACUGUCUCCCCACCCCCUUGUGGUGGUAUUUAUUUCAGCCCACGCUGCUCAUCUCUGACCCCCCCCAGGGACAGCACAGAGACCCUGAGGGUGCUGCCUGGCCAGUGGGUCCCCGUCUUGCAGCACCGGCCACUUCCCCUGCCCGUUCCUCCCACUCCCAGCCUACAAGGGACGGUUCCUGGGCCCCGGGCCCCUUUCCCGGUGGAGGCAGCUGGUGUAAUAAAAGCUCAUUUCCAGA